UUGUGAUUGUUGUGGUUUGUUGUCUUGGGUUUUGUUUUGAAGGAAUUCAGAAUGGCUCUGCCUUCUUUCUUGGUUUUCUUUAUUCUCUCUAAUCUAGUGGUUGUUAACAGUGCUCAAGAAAGAAAACAAUCCCACUAUAAUUGCCCAGUCUCAUUCCCGUGUGGAUAUCUCGGUUUGAUAGGCUUCCCUUUCACCAAUAUGUCGCGGCCUGAGUGCGGAUUGUGCACGGUGGACUGUGGUCCAUGGCAACCUCCAAAUGUCCAACUGGAGACAAAUGGACGGUGGUAUGAAGUUAAAAGAAUGUUUCAGAAUGAUACAGUUUUAGUGGUUGACCCAGAGAGUAAACUUCGCUUAGAGUCUCGCAGUUGUGAUUCUUUCUAUAAUAAUAGUAAUCUUCCCAACACUCCCUCUAUUUCCUAUACAUUCUCUCCGAAUCUCACCUUGUUCAAAUGCAUCAAAAAUCCUGAAUUUGCUCAGAAGAAAGAUGAAUAUUUCAACAAUAGUUACCUAGCUUACGACGACUGCCCUGAUUUCUCCAUCCACUACACAUAUUCAUAUAAUCGCAGUAUGACUCCGAGCAAUCUUCCAUCUUAUUGUUCAGUUAUACAGCUUCCAGCAAACUCCCGCAAGGAUGUUGAUCCCAGUAAACCCUUUCAACUACUUACUUCUGAAUUCUCUCUUCAAUUGCAUGUGUCCAAGGAGUGUUCUUCGUGUAACCUUGAUGGAGGGCAGUGUAAAACCGUCAGCGGUAAUCAAUUACAGUAUGACAAAGGCCAAGGAAAAAGUAAAUUAAAACUCACCCUACUCAUAGUUGGUUUUGCGGUUGGAAUUGUCAUUUUAGUAGCUACAUUCAUCUGCUUCAGAAGGAAAUUCACACGAGAUCAGACUCCAAUUCAGAACUCCAAUCAUCUGCAGCACAGUAGCAUAUCAGCACUGCAGCACCAUAGCUCAGCAGCUUAA